AUGUAAAUGUAUUCCUUAAAAAAAGAAGUGUUUGGAGAAAGAUUUGCAGCACUUGGCAUUAAAUUAUUGAAACCACCUUAAGAAGAGAAGAUACAAGAUUUCAUUCAAACCUUUCCUACUAUCUUGCAAAAAAAUGUUGAAUAGGUGAACUAAGAAAUCUCUAAAUAUGGAUACAGAAUCAUCAAAUUUAUUUCAAAGUGUAAGAAUGGCUUCGUUUUUUCAGCAAACAAAGGAAGAGUUAGAUUUGCUAUCAAAGCAAGAUUUAAUAGAAUAAUUACAGAAAAUGGUGAAAUUAACAUGGUAGAAAAAAAUAGAGAGCUACCUGACAACUUAAAAUUUUACAAUAAUCCAUUCAUCUUAUCCUACAUUGAAAGUUUCGAAACUAAUGAUUUUCACUACACAGUAACAGAAGAAUGUAGAUGCAACCUUUCAGAUUUUAUUAAGCAGGUUAACAUUAAAUACAACUCAGAAUCACCUUACUGUUUUAAUAGAUAUGCCUAUUAACUUUUCGUAGCCAUCAAUUAUUUAUCGAUAGGUCCUGAGCACCCAAAUUCUACUAGAUUUGUAAGCCAUGUUAGACCAGAAGAUAUUUUGAUAAGCUAUAAUUCUGAUUUUAAGCUAAACCCUAAUUUCGGAGAAGCUAAAGUAACUUUAGGAGUUAUUCCCUUUUGUAACCCUUAAUAUAGUUUAAACUAGAAGGUAAUUAGUUGCGUAAACAGGUUUUCUAUUUCAUAUGCUCAUUUACUUUUGUAUAUGAAUGGUAUGUCAGAAAAAGAUAUUCUUAUAAAUUGGUUAAAUUUUUAAGAAAAUGAUAAAAAGAGCAACAAUAAUUUAGAUAAACUAAGUUAAAGAAUUAUUUCGAACAGAUAUCAAUCAUAUAGUGAUAUGACAGAUGUGUAUAAGCCAGAUUCAAAUUAAAAGGUAUUGGCUUUAAUACAAAAGUAUAAACUUGAUAAUAUAUAGGAGUAGUGUUAUGUAGAGAAUGAAGGAGAAACGGUAUUUGCCCUUGGUAGAGGUAAAUGUACAACUAUCUAGUAGUAUACUUAAAUAUAUGAGUAUUGUUAAGCUCAAAUUUCUGAAGAGAGGUUGGAGGAAAUAGAAGAUCAAUUAGAAGACGAUAUGGACAGAUUUGAAAAAAGAAUUAAAAAAAUUCAUUUCUUGUAAGGGAUUUUAGAUGUCAGAAAUAGAAGGUCUAGUAAAUCUAUGGCAAGGCAAUUACAUAAAUUAGGCAAAUGUCUUCUAUAAUAUUUGCAAACUUUCAAUUCCUUGAAGUCAAAAUUAGUUUAAAUGGUUGAGAAAAAAAAAUAAGAAUCUGAAUAGGCUUUAGCAAAAGAAGAAGAAGCUCAAGAAAAAUCUGAAGAAAGAUCUGAAGAAAAAUUAAAUUAGAAUACUAUUGAGUCUAAUGAGGAACUUUCAGAUGAAUAAUUAGAGAAAUUUUCGAAUGACUCAAAUAGGUCAACAAAAAUCUAUAGAUGA